AUGGCCUUGUCCUCUACUCUGGAACGGCCUCUCGCAGACGACAACUUACGCCCGAGGCUUCCUCAGAUGUCGAGCGACGCUCCACCUUUCCAGGGGCCUCAGGCUGAAGUCGGUGAAAAUCGCCUACCAGAACACAGCCAGCACCACAACAGCUUCCACCAGCAAAACUUCAACCAGCUGUCUUACCAACAUCAGGCACCCCAAAACCAGAAUUCUCAGAGCCAGUUUCCUCCGGCGCAGGACGAGUCCAAAGGUGCCAAUAAUGCCUCGACGGCCUCUCUAGGGAAAACACAAACGGUGUUCAUCCACAAGCUCUACGAUAUGCUUGAAGACUCCUCGCUCUCCCACCUUAUCUGGUGGUCACCGACAAACGACUCCUUCUGCCUUUAUCCUGGCGAAGAGUUCUCCAACGUGUUGGCACAGUACUUCAAGCACACCAAUAUCGCCUCGUUCAUUCGCCAGUUGAACAUGUACGGAUUCCACAAGGUCAACGACAGCUUCCACUCGGAUGAGAAAAACGCCCAGGGAAAUAACUCGAGCUCAGGCUCGGGCCAGACUCGCUGGGAGUUCCGCCACGCCGCAAACCAGUUCAGAAAGGGCGACACUCAGUCGUUGCGCUUGAUCAAGCGCAAGUCCUCAAAAGUCAUGAGCACGCCCAAGGAAAUCGUCAGCUUGAAACUGCUUCCGCCAACGUCGAACCCUUCCACGGCUGCGGUCGCUGCUCCCAACUCAUCUACUCAGCUGAAGGCCAAUCUUGACUCGGAGUCAUCUGAAUCCCCAGAGUCAGCGUCAAAGCAGCAGUACCACAGGUCACUCUACCAACAACUGUGGAAACAGCAGCUGGCCCCAAAACCUCAGACGCCCUCGUCGCCAAAUGGCCCUCCCGUCGCUGGCCAGCCCCCUCUGUCAAAUACUGUCCUUUACCAGAGCUACCCAGGCGUGCACCCCUAUCCUGGUUUCCCUCACUUGACGAUGCCCGUCCCAGUGAGCCCAAGCUCUCCUGCGUACCCAGAACAUCCCAUUCCUACGCCGACGUCGUACGUUUCUCAACAACAGCUGCGGCAGCCGCUGAACCAAACAGCGCUUGCGGUGGAUCAGUCAAUUAAUCUCAAGUUGAUUGAGUUGUCGACUUCGAUUGCCUCUCUUAGGGCCAGUUAUCUGGAUCUCCAACGGAAAUACGACCUGCUAAAGUCCGAACAGCACCAGCACAACAAGGAUAUGGUGACGCUUAUAGAGCUUUUGGAGAAUCAAGAAGAACCGGCUUUGCACGAUAUUGUGAAUCGUCUGUCUUCCAAGACCCCUGUUACCAGUAGCUCCACGCCAGGUCCUGAAGCUCCAAUACCGUCAAUCUCAAGGACUCUGACUCUUGGGGAACUUCAAACGUUCAAGAAGCACCUUUUACAGAGAAUAAGCGAGGUGAGUGAGGACCACAUGAGCGAAGAAGUGAAACUGACUCGACUGUCGUAUGCUCAGGCGCAUACCCAGGGCAACUCUCAGGGUCCAGAAGCCUCUUCACAGGGUGCCCCCAAUGCAAAAUUCGUUCCCCAGCAUUAUCCGCUCAACCCAAACUACCUACUAAACAAUAACAACUCUAUUAACGAGUCAGGGUUCCGCCACUACAGGUUAAGCAAAGAAGACGGCUCUUCCUCGACCACUAACAGCCGCCAUUUUUCUGUUCUUAUGGAUCCUUUGCAGACAAAAGCCAUCAAGAGCGGUGACGAGCUGAGGCCCUCAAUCUCGGCUUCUUCCAAAGACACAAGGCUGAUGCCAAUCGUACAACAGUACCAGCCCAAGGUGACACAUCUGGCUGCUCCCUCGCUCUACCAGCCGUUUAUUCGUGGUGAUGGAGCUCACCAACAUCGUACGGCGUCGCUUCCCAUCCUUGACAAAGUGAUGCCACAAGCAUUCACGUCCCAGCAAAGACAUUCAACAACCAGCAGUUUACCAGGUACCGAGGAAAGACGUCCAAUUUCACCUGGUCAUAUUGUGCAGCCAAAUAAGACUUACACGCUGAACCCAUUGGGUUCUUCUGGACACGGUCAAAGCCCACAGGCCCACUCUCCAGCGCCCACAAGCCAGCUGCCCCAGCCGCCACUGCAAUUGGGAGAGGGCAAAAAGGUGCUUCUCUCGGUGAAGGAAUUGGACCAACUGAUCAAGAGAAGUGCCUCGAGUCGUCUCUCAGACCUCCUCUCAGACGACGAGCAUCUAACGAAGAAACCUAAGUCUGAGAUGCAAUGA